AUGUCGGAGCCGAAAAAGAAGGGCCUCUUGGGCCGUCUGUUUCGUAGCAAAAGCUCAGCCAGCAAGGGCGAGAAGCUCCCGCCAUAUGAGAGGGAACGCCAACGACGAGCCAGCGAAGGCGAUGUGUCCUACAGCGACAAGCCGGACGCCUCAAACGGCGACCAGUCGGCGGCGGCAUCGUCGUCGACACACCAUCACCACUAUCGUCGCCGACGGCCUCGGCGCACUGAUCCCAGCGCCACUAAGGGCAAGGGCCGUGACCAGUCGCGGGACCGCUCUUACGACUAUGGGCCGCUGACUGAGUGGCCGCCGUCUGGCAUGUCCAGCAGCGAGGAGCUCGCUCUGGGGCCGGCGAUGCAGCUCAUUUCGCGUGGUGUGCCAGCUUUCAAAGGCCACAAGAAACCUAUUCCGCAUGCGUCGGAACAUCACUAUGCUCUGUUUGCGACUGUUGCGGGUAACCGGGGAGAUGAGACGGACUGUGUGAACCUGCAUGAUGCCAUGGUCCAGCUUAUGACCUUACGACUGGCUGGUUCUGGGCCUGCUACCUACCCGUGGGACUCUCUGGAGCAUCCUAGUUAUGCAUUCUGCUUUGGCAAGAGGCCCGGCACGAUUACUCUCAACCAUUGGGUAUCGUUAUCCAGUGUGCUGCCGCCCUCGAUUGCCCUGCGGGACUCUGGCGUGGCGCCCCGGGAAAUCGACCUCGAGGGCAUCCUUGCCCGGCUAAAGGAGCUUGAGCAGGGGUUGGAGGACGAUGAUGAGGAUCUCAUGUACCGCAAUCUCUACCGCAGGCUUCUCAAAGAUCCCGACAAGUACGUGAGCCCGCACAAGACCCUAGAUAAGCAGAUUAUGGACCUGAUCAUGGUACUAUCACGCCCGGACUGGAUCGACUUCACCAAUUCGCGCAACCAAGUCGUCACCAAGUUCAUCUUCGACACCAGCCCUGCUAAUGCAGCCACCUUCCGCAAAUUCUUCCACCAGCUUCUGCUCAGUCUCGAACUCGAACUACGCAUUCAGUCCCACCACCACAUGACCGAAGCCAAAGAGAAACUCCUCUCCCAGAUCCCCCCAACCAUCCAAUGGAACCUCGCCCUAGCCCGCCGCUGGCGUGACAACAUCCGCAUCGAGUCCUACGGCCCAAACCCCGACCAGCUCCAACUGCGCUACAAGCUCAAGCGCCGCCAGGUCCGCAUGCUGAAGCGCUUCGCCCAAAUGAUGAAGUGGCCCAACCUAGCCGAGACCCUUGCUUGUCUCAAGCGUCGCGAAGCUGACUCUACCCUCGAUCUUGUAUCCUCUCACGCGAUGGCCUUCUUCUCGGGGCUUGUCCUUCCAGGCCCAACCUUUCCCUUUCUUAUCAUGAACUCCCUUAUUGAUAUCGACCCGGACAAGGCGACUGAUGAUCUGACGCUGCUCACGCACGGUCAUCCCUCAUGUGGCUUCCAGUAUCGCAACUCCUACACUUACUGGACGGCGAGCUCCAUCGUAGGCAAAGUCCUCGCCCCGACCUGUCGCGCCGUAGGCGGAUGGAUUGGCCCGGCCCGUCCGACAAACGACCUCGCGCGUAACCAAAUUGCCCGCAUCCGUGCCCGCAAGCCCCCGCACCGCGUCACUCCCGAGGAUAUCCGCACCAUGAGCGAGCGCUCCGACCCUCUAGGUCCCCCGACCCAGGUUUUUCCUGUCAAAGAGUACUCUCUAGUAGCCCCGGACCGCGACGACGACGCUUACCUAGCCGACCUCGUCCGCAUUGAACUACUGUCUCUCCGGCCGGUGUCAGACCACAAGGGUAACACCUCCAGCACGCUGCAACAAUCCGAGUCCACAAACACCCCAAACGAUAGUAACGGCAACACCGGCAACGCCACCACAAAUAGCAAACCCCGCAACACCCCGCGCUAUUACGACGCCUCAAUCCAAUUCGCCAUCGACGGCGUCUCCUGGCCGCUCCGUCUCGCUUACGACGUGUCCUUUGUCUCCGCCUGGCCCUGCUCCGACGGCCCCCACCCUCUCUUCUUCGACUACGUCUACACACCCGUGAAAGCAGACAAACUCGUCAAGGUGCGCGACUGGAACGGUGUCCCCGUCUCCUCCAGACGGCCAAUGUCUUCUAGCGGGCCUGCGACCCCUACUAGGCCGAUCGGAGGGGGACCGCCAGGAGUGGGAGGAACAGGGGUGAGCAGUCCGAGUACGUUGAGCGGCGGGGAUGAUGAGAGAGUGUUGGUUGUGGAGGCGUUUGGGGUGCCGGAUAAUGAGGUUUUGGCAAGGGCAUGCAUGGCAUGUGCCAUUCGGGAAGCGUACGCCGCUACGUUGACGGUGGUGAUUUUGGUGGAUGAUGAGGAUCGGAAUAAGGAUGAUUGA